AUUUUGGUGUAACGUUGGUAGCAACGCGUGUGGACAGUUUGGCAUUUUGUGAUGUGAGAUUUUUAUUAAAAGUUUUUAUUAUCAUGUAGGAGACGAUUUUAAAAGAGAAAAGAACCGUCGACGGUAGGAUUUCCGAUGCGCGAUCGUAUUCGGCGCGCGUCCCCACGCGAAAAACAAACCUAAACGGCACAAUAUCCUCUGUGCGUCUGUUCAAAUUUGGUUAAGAGAGAUGAAAAUAAAAAAUGAAGGAAUGCAAAUAAAAACAUUAGAACAUAUGUGGUAAGGAAUACGAUUUUACGGAAUUGAAUCGUAACCUUAUAUCCCGAACAUUACGGUAUCGGUAAUUAUUGAAAUCGUCAAGGACUUGUACUUUUAUAACAAUUUUAAUAAAAGUGAUUCACUGACAUGUUGACUGUGUAAAGUUAUACUUUGUGAAAUGAUCAAAGAAAAAUCUGAGAAGGGACCGGACGGCGUCAAGGAGGAACCUGGUAGUUCCGAUAAAGAAUCAACCGGAACAGACGUUCAUGUCAAGAAGGAAGAUGAUCCAACGGGAAGUAGUUGUGGUGUUAAAAAAGAACCAGGAAGACCAAUCACUAAAAACGGAGGCAUUAUUGGUUCCACAAAUACAGGAUCGUUACAUAACGAAAGGAAAACGGAGGAGGAAACAUCUUCCGGUACAGACAACCCUAACAUCCCUUUAAAAACAGAAGAAUGUAUCCCACCCAUAAGCGGAGACGCUUUUGGAUUAAAUAUUGCUUCCUCAGCCCCCGCACCACUCCCAGCGCCUCCCGACGGAGUGCAACCGCUUGCCAGUAACGUAAUAAAUAAAUCCAGCAAUAUGGAAGUGCAAUACAUGCAACAACAGAGCCAGAUAUUCGUAUUCUCAACAACGUUAGCUAACUCGGGCGCCGAAGAAGUUUUACAAAGACGUUAUCCUUCCAUUAUUGCCUACCACUGUGCUCAGCCAGGGACGAAAAAAUAUUUAGAAAAGAAUCCAUUCAAAGCGACACAAUUUAAUAGACAAAACCCCGCCCAGUGGCUGAACAAUCUCGCUAUGAUGAAAAACAAAGGGUGUACGAGAAGUCCGGGUUUAGGUCCAAAAACACAAUCAUCCCUCGAUAACUUUCUGGGCACGGAUAGUUUAGAAGAUAUGGUUGCUUUAACCGAAAACGAACUCAGUUGGGAACAGAAAAACAAUCAUCACCUCGAAAAUUUAGAGGGUGUUGGUAACGGUUUGCCUGACGUUCCGGACAUGGAUUCUUGCUCCCCUUCCUUAGCAAACGUACAGCCCUCAUUGCAGGGCGUUAAAGUGCCUGACGAAAAUCUGACGCCUCAGCAGAGACAACAUCGCGAAGUACAACUAGCCACCAUUCGUAAAAUCCACCAGAUCCUCUUCCCGGAAGAUCAAAAUAUGGAAGGAACACCCGCCAACGAAGUUCUCGACAUGCAACCUCCCAACGACUGGCAAAAACUCCAAAAUCAAUUUUUUGACAACCAAAAACCUCCCGCCACGUCUCAACCAUCGAAACCUACCCAAAUUCCGCCCCCAAACACUUCAAAUCCUUCCUCAUUACCGCACAGAGAAGUAAUGAGAGGAGGAGGUCCUUCAACGACGACCGGUCCACGCCUCCAAGGACCCCCACCGCCGUAUCAUCAAACUCCCAGAUCUGCCAGUGUCCCCAUCGCGUUGCAAAGCCCUAGUCCCGCGUCUCCCAACAAUCCCACCUCCAACCUUUCGCUUCCUUCUCCAAGGGCAUCCUCCGGACUCAAUUCGCCCGCGGAUCCUAGUAGACCGUUUGGUUUACCAAACAGACAUAUGAGCCCUACGUCGCAGGAUUCACCACAACCACCUCGAUUAAAUCACAGUAAUCCUGGGACACCCGUUUCAUCACAUGUUUCUCCUACCGUUACUUGCAGUACUAGCGAACCCACUACAAGCAGUCAUCAACAAAAUACAGAUGGAAUAUUUGGUCGUACACUUCAAUCAAUAGCCCAACAAAAACAAAUGCUUACAUCGUCAUCGCAUCCACCGUCGCAACCAGGCCCUGCCGUCUCAAAGGAGCCAAACCUAAUGCCCGUGCCAUCGCCCCAACAGAUACAAUAUUUGAAUACGUUUGAAGGACAAGAACUUAUAAUCCAGAAACAACCAAAUACCAGUUUAAAAGAAGGAAAUAUGAUAUCCCCACCCAGGGUUCUGCCUACAACGAUGGACAGUGGCUUUAACAAUACUCCAGACUUGCCACACACUCGAGGCUCGUGUCCCAACACGCCGACAUCGAUGGAUGUUGGACCAAGGUUUCCUUCAACACCUGGUGUAACAUCGGAAGGUUGCCGAUUUCAAAUUCCUAGCCCUCACACGCCUACUACACCAUCAGGUGAUAAAACGCCAAGACUUAGCGGUCCAGGUCCGGGAUCGGCACCGGGAUUAAGUCCGCAAACAGUGCCAGGUCCGACGUCAGAUCCGUUAAAAAGUGAUUUGUUCCCAACUCCAAGUCCACAUAUGAUGGAUGCGAAUAGGUUCCCGGGUCCGAGCGCUUCUCCAGGAUCGAAAAUGGGAACAUUUAACGUUCCUCCGCAUGAAAUGCCGGGUUACGGUUGCGUGCGGGGUGAAAACGUGCCGUUGAACCCGAACUGUACGAGUGCCAUGCCGGGAAACCCAAAGGUAUCCCAUUUCGACCCGAUUUCGUCGCUGGCGCAAAUGAGCCAGCAGCUGACAAAUAGCGUGCCUAGCUCGUUAAACGGACAGGGCGGCCAAGGGCCGGGAAUGAUGAACUUUGGUUCGCCGUCGAUGCACAUGAUGGACCUGGGGAACUGUCACGGCAUGAACGAGAUGGACCAACCACCGGCGGGUAUGAUGGGAAUGCCCAUGCAAGGGCCGCCGCAUGCGCAUGGUUUUCAUUCGCCGUCGCCGAUGGGGCCGAUACGCUCUCUAUCUCCGAAACUAACAGGUGCCUUUCCUAAUCACAUGACGAUGCCUCGAAUGAUCGGCAGACCGCCGGGUCCUAACCCUUACAACGGAGCGAACGUUCAAGUGAAACCGAGCGCCCCGAAUACGAUACAAUACUUGCCGGCGAAGCCGCAAGUCGGCAACGCUCCCGGCCCGAGAGGGCCUCCUAGUCUCGACUUUUUGCAACGUUUUACGGCGCCUAUCCCUAAUAUGGACAAUAAAAUGCCCACGCAAAAUAUGCAGUACUUCCCGAAUUGCCCCGCAAAUGGUCCUAUGCAAGGUGGCCCUAUGGGCGCUCCUCAUAUGAGCCACAUGGAAGGACCGAUGGGCGAUGGACCGAUGGGUCCGGGUCCAAUGAUGGGAGGACCAUUAGGGAAUGGCGCCGGACCAAUGAUGGGGGGUGGGAUGGGUAUGCCCGGGAUGAUGCCCAUGAUGCGAAUGAGGCCGCCACCGAACAUGAUGCGGAUGCCGCCGCAGAUGGGUUUUAACGGCCCGGCGGGCGGCGCGCCCGACGGGAUGUUCAAUCCUGGACAGCCCAAUCCUCAGAUGUUCGUUAGCGGCCCGAAGGGCAGCCCCAUGGGCAUGGCUCCGGACGCUAGCCAGCCACUUCCACCGUCGAUGGGACAGAACAAUAGCUUUAAGAACUCGGCCUUCGUCGGCCCGACGACCGCCGACCCUAACUACGCACAGCAAUAUCACAACUUUCAGCAGCAGCUUUACGCUACGACCACUAGGAGUCAAAUGGGAGGACAAACUAUGGGGCACGGCACUUAGCUUUUAUUUUAAUGUUGGACUAUCGAUUUUAGUAUUGGACGCUCGUCCUGAGAGGUUUCACUAUUGCUCAUUAUUUUAUUUCUAUCCAUCUGUUAAAUCAUUUAUUGUAAGUUUAUGAGUAUUCAUCAUUGAAUUGAUAACAAUAAAGUUCUAUAUUAUAUA